AUGGCCCUUAUAAAUCUCAUGAAAGAGAUAAACUAUACGAAUUCAACACUUCUCAACGUAAAAUGCGGCAUGCUUAAUUCUGCUCGUGAGCUAGUGUACAAUGUGCACGUCUGCUGUCCGAAGGAUCUACCAGAUAGCAGUGUCUGCGGACAGAGUCCUCCUAUAUUUUACAUUGUGGGUGGCAAGGAUGCACAGCUCAACCAGUUUCCCUGGACUGCCCUGCUGCUCUACAAGCGCGACAUCGCCCGCCCUUGGACUACGUCUCCUCGGUGUGCGGGCUCCUUGAUCACCAACAGAUAUGUCCUCACGGCAGCCCAUUGUUUGACCGUGACCAGGUUCACUGAGAUAGGUGUGCGCCUUGGCGAGCACAACCUCGAGACCAAUCCCGACUGCAUCUGGCUGCUAAAGAAGAAAUGCGCUAAACCGCACGUGGACAUCGAUGUGAGUCUGGCCAUCGUGCACAAACAGUACCACACGAGAGAUGGAAGGCACUACAACGAUAUUGCUCUGUUGCGCCUCGCAAGACCUGUGAUAUACACCGCGGGAAUCAAACCCAUUUGCAUUAGACCCGACUUUGAAAUAGCACGCUCCUCCUUCGAAAACCACACCUUGGAAAUUGCCGGCUGGGGCGAUUCGAGUAGACAGCAGUACAGCUCCGUAUUGCUGCACGGCACCAUCAGAGGUAUGAGUCCGGAAAAUUGCCUAACACAGUUUCCCACCCUGCGAGUGGAUAGGGACAUCCAGAUAUGUGCCAUGGGACGGGAUGGUACCGACACCGGACGAGGCGAUUCCGGUGGACCGCUGAUGGCCUCAGUGGGAAGGGCCGAUCAUCAAUUUUAUUACCUAGCCGGAAUAACUUCCUACGGAGGGGAUGCCUCUAGUUAUGGAUGUGGGCCAGCGGUUUACACAAAAACCUCUUCAUAUAUUUGGUGGAUAAAAUGGAAUAUGAUGAAUAUAUGGAAAAAAAGCUUUAUGUAA